AUGGGAUGGAUCUGCAUGUGGGGGCAAGGGUUGGGGAUGGAGGGAUUGGGGGUUAGGUUGAGGAAUUUUAGGGGCCCGGGGGGAGCGGGCAAUUGGCGGAUCCACAUAGGCGCAAGGAGGUGCGGUUGCACCUCCCCCUUACUGGAAAAACCUUUGGUGGUGAAAUGGAUUCUGGACUAUGAGAAGGUGAAGGACGAAAUCCCAGCUCCGCAAUAUUAUCAGGACACUCAUCUUGUCAAUGCAUGA